AACCCCGACGCUGAGCUUUGACCAAUGGUUACGAUUCUUCUUCGUCUGUAGACUGCAAAAGCUAAGGUCGAUAGUUAAAAAUGGCGGGACUGAGAAAACUGGCGCGAUUGAAACCCAUAGUUAAUGAAGCAUUGGCCGGAACAAUUUUUGUAGGGAAGUUAUUCUGUGGCCUUCAUGUCAUCAACACUUACAUCUGCACAGCCACUUUCACCUACGGUCCCAGCAUGCUUCCUACUCUUAACCUAACUGGUGAUUUCGUCUUGGCCGAGCGACUCUCCACUCGCUUUGGCAGAGUCGGUGUUGGAGACAUUGUCCUCGUUAGAUCUCCUGAGAAUCCUCGUAAAGUAGUGGGUAAGCGCUUGAUUGGAAUGGAGGGUGAUUCUGUUACCUAUGUUGUAGACCCGAAGAACAGUGAUUGGAGCGAAACUGUUGUGGUUCCUAAGGGGCAUGUUUGGAUAGAGGGAGAUAAUAUCUAUGAUUCGAGAGAUUCAAGAAAUUUUGGGGCCGUUCCAUACAGUCUUCUACAAGGGAAAAUAUUUUGGAGGAUAUGGCCACCAAAGAGUUUUGGACAGUUGGAGAAGAGAAAAUCAAACGAGACAGUCUUAUGAGAAGUUAUGCUGAUGUGGUCACUCAAGGUCGUCCUUGUCGAUAUUGAUGAUCCACGCAGUGAAGGUAAAUUCUUCAUUAAGCAUUAUUAACCUUUUGAAGGAGCUCCCUUUUAUGGAUCUUCAUGCAUUGGUUCUUUUCAGAAGUCUUUCUAGAUUUCUUACUGUAUACUAUUGAAACUGAAGCUUUUGCUGACUAAACAUUCCCAAUCACUUCACUUCGGCAUAACAAAUCAUCUCGUAAAUGUUUUAAAGCUUUGAACAACAAUUGAACGGAAUUGAUGAACAGAUUCUUGAAUAAUGUUUACAUGUUUCCAUUUUUUAGUAAGAGGAUGACAGUAUUUUGAAUC